GAUACUGUAAUUUAUGACCGUCUUGCCGAAAGUUCAAAAUACAAAGAAAUCACCUUGAAACAUCUAGAGCAGUUUGCUACAGAAGGCUUAAGAACUCUGUGUUUUGCUGUGGCUGAGAUUUCAGAAAGUGAUUAUCAAGAGUGGUUAGAUGUCUAUCACCGUGCUUCUACAGCUAUACAGAACAGAGCACUCAAGCUUGAGGAGAGCUAUGAACUAAUCGAAAAAAAUCUUCAGCUGCUUGGUGCAACAGCAAUUGAAGAUAAACUACAAGACAAAGUGCCUGAAACCAUAGAGACGCUCAUGAAAGCAGACAUAAAAAUUUGGAUACUUACUGGGGACAAACAGGAGACUGCUAUUAAUAUCGGUCACUCCUGUAAACUUUUGAGAAAGAACAUGGGACUAAUUGUUAUAAAUGAAGGCUCUCUUGAUGGAACAAGAGAGACGCUCAGCCAUCAUUGCAGUACUCUUGGCGAUGCUUUAAGGAAGGAAAAUGAUUUUGCUCUCAUCAUUGAUGGUAAAUCUCUGAAGUAUGCUUUGACAUUUGGAGUCAGACAAUAUUUUCUGGAUUUGGCUUUGUCAUGUAAAGCUGUUAUUUGUUGCAGGGUAUCACCACUUCAAAAAUCUGAAGUUGUAGAAAUGGUUAAAAAGCAAGUUAAGGUAGUAACUCUAGCGAUUGGUGAUGGAGCAAAUGAUGUUAGUAUGAUACAAACAGCACAUGUUGGUGUUGGUAUUAGUGGGAAUGAAGGUCUACAGGCUGCUAAUUCUUCAGACUACUCAAUUGCUCAGUUCAAGUAUUUGAAGAACUUGUUGUUGGUUCAUGGAGCCUGGAAUUAUAACAGAGUAGCUAAAUGCAUCUUGUAUUGUUUCUACAAGAAUAUAGUCCUUUAUAUUAUCGAGAUCUGGUUUGCAUUUGUCAAUGGCUUUUCUGGACAAAUCCUUUUUGAAAGAUGGUGUAUAGGUCUUUACAAUGUGAUGUUUACAGCAAUGCCUCCACUAACUCUUGGAAUAUUUGAGAGAUCCUGCCGAAAAGAAAACAUGCUGAAAUAUCCUGAGUUAUACAAGACUUCCCAAAAUGCACUGGACUUCAAUACUAAGGUUUUCUGGGUUCAUUGUUUAAAUGGCCUCUUCCACUCAGUCAUUCUGUUUUGGUUUCCACUGAAAGCCCUCCAGCAUGGUACUGUAUUCGGCAAUGGUAAAACUUCAGAUUACCUGCUUCUGGGGAACACUGUAUACACUUUUGUGGUUCUAACUGUGUGUUUGAAGGCUGGAUUAGAGACCUCAUAUUGGACUUUGUUCAGCCAUAUAGCUAUUUGGGGCAGCAUAGCGCUUUGGGUAGUGUUUUUUGGAAUCUACUCUUCUUUGUGGCCAGUCAUUCCGAUGGCACCUGAUAUGUCAGGAGAGGCAGCUAUGAUGUUCAGCUCUGGAGUGUUUUGGAUGGGACUUCUAUGUAUUCCUAUGACAGCUUUACUUUUUGAUGUAGUAUACAAAGUAGUAAAGAGAGCUACUUCUAAGACAUUGGUAGAUGAAGUUCAGGAAUUGGAAGCAAAGUCUGAGGAUCCCGGUGCAGUUGUGCAUGGCAAGAGCUUAACUGAAAGAGCCCAACUACUGAAGAAUGUUUUUAAGAAGAACCAUGUGAACUUAUAUCGCUCUGACUCUCUGCAGCAAAACUUGCUUCAUGGCUACGCCUUCUCACAAGAUGAAAAUGGAAUCGUUUCCCAGUCUGAAGUAAUAAGAGCUUACGAUACCACAAAACAAAGGCCUGAGGAAUGGUGAAGGAACACAGCUCGAGAUUUAGGCCUUACUAGUUACUUUUGUGAGACAGACCACUAGAUCUUUGCUGGGAGCUGCAACUAUGGCCAAGUUAUCAGAGAUUUAAAGAUCUAUGAUGGUCUUGUUCCAUAAAGUUUGGAUUUGUGUAUUAAGUAGACAUAAGCACUGUGCAACUAUACUGUAACACAACAUCUCUAAAUUUUUUAAUGAGUAUUUGCUUAGCCUUUGUAAACAGAUUGGAAUUUACCUUGUAUCUUGCCAGCUUGCUUAUUUUACGGUGAAGUUGGUCAUAUACUCAGAAGGCAAUGGUCACAUCGCUAAACGUACUUUACAUUGACUGGCCAUUAGCAUCUGUGAAGGUUUUUAAGUGUUAAUAUAUUUAAAUACAGUUGAUAAUAAGCCUUUGAUUUCAACAAGUGCUGAAAAAAUAGUAUCCUAAUGGUGUUAAUUCACCUUCUUUGAGAAAGAUUUUGAGUCAAGAUGUUUAUAG